AGGAGCCGGCGCUGAAAGCCGUCCGGGAGGCUCGGGGCGCUGGCGCUCUGGGCCUCUGGGCUGUUUGUUGCUCAGGUGGCUCCCCGGAGCUCGCGAGCCUCCCGGCCAACACGAGUGACAGCAUCCUUGUGGAUCGAUCGGAAAGCGCCCCACCUGCCGACCUCCAACCAUCCGGCUCUUUCUUCCUCUUUCCCCCACCUUCCGGCGCUCCCCGCCCUAGCAGACUCCCGGCCGCUCCUGGUGACCCGGUGACCCGCGGGACCGUCCGGAUUUGCAUUUGAACGGAGGACACCGGAAAGCUCCUUUUCCCAGCCCCCAGAGAGCCGAGCCUCUGCCCGAAGGAAGAGGGCACGCAAGACCCAGCAGGACACCUCGACGCACCUUCCAGUCUGCGGAGCUGCAGGGGCCAGAGAGAAAUACUUGGAGCCAGGGUUGAUCACCUAUGCAUGAAACAUCUCCUCUUGUGACCAGAGCUCCAUGGUCUGUGCAGUGUAAAUGGCUCCACUCCCCCCCGGCAUUCGCUUCAUCAUCUCAUUCUCCCGGGAUCAGUGGUACAGAGCCUUCAUUUUUAUUUUGACAUUUUUGCUGUAUGCAAGUUUCCACUUAUCCCGAAAGCCUAUCAGCAUAGUUAAGCUGAAGGGCUGUGAGAACGGCACACACAGAUUCCGACUGCAGAAGCAGGUCUUCACGGACAACAAGAACAAGCCUCUGGACCCCGAGAUGCAGUGCUUGUUGCUGUCAGGCGGAAAGCACCCCGUCCAUCAGAACCACGUCCUUGUCCUCCCAGCUGAUGGCGGGGGCAGCACGGCCCCCAUCAGCUUCACCGGGGCCUUGAGGAUCCCCGGUGUGAUCGAGUUCUCCCUGUGUUUGCUGUUUGCAAAGCUGGUCAGCUAUACCUUCCUCUUCUGGCUCCCUCUGUACAUCACAAACGUGGAUCACCUGGACGCCAGACAAGCCGGGGAGCUCUCCACCCUGUUUGAUGUGGGCGGGAUCUUCGGUGGGAUCCUGGCAGGUGUGAUCUCAGACCGGCUGGAGAAAAGGGCCUCCACCUGUGGCCUGAUGCUGCUGCUAGCGGCCCCGACGCUCUACAUAUUCUCCACCAUCAGCAAAAUGGGCCUCGAAGCCACGAUCGCCAUGCUGCUCCUCAGCGGGGCCCUGGUCAGCGGGCCGUACGCCCUGAUCACGACCGCCGUCUCCGCCGACCUGGGCACGCACAAAAGUCUCAAGGGAAACUCCCAUGCCCUCGCCACUGUGACCGCCAUCAUCGACGGGACUGGGUCUGUAGGAGCAGCCCUGGGCCCUUUGCUGGCUGGGCUCCUGUCCCCAUCUGGAUGGAACAAUGUGUUCUACAUGCUGAUGUUCGCAGACGCCUGUGCCUUACUGUUCCUGAUCCGCCUCAUUCACAAGGAGCUGAGCUGCCCGGGGUCUGCGACCACGGACCAAGUUCUGUUCAAGGAACACUGACCCCCUCGAGUCCCCUGGAGGGAGGCUGGGCCCGUCCCUCACAAACUGUCAAGGCAACGUUCAAAUAAAGGAUCCUGUGUUGGAAAGAAUGAUGUACCCUUGCCUUUUGCACACACACCCGGAAAAGACACAAAAGCCACCCCGAGAAGUCCGGGUCCUAUUUUAGGCGAGCCGUGGCGCUCACGACAGCAGCAAGGAGGUGCCGGAAGUCUCCACGACGGAGCCUGGGACACACGGCGGGACAGGCAGGCGCCCCGGCAGCUCCUCGGGGCCAGGCGGGUGGCACUCAGGGGAGCCGGGGUCUCUCAGGGGUCUCAGUCUAGAAUGGGAGAGCAGGUGAGCGCUGAUGCCGCGGUGGGCGCCAGAAUGCAGCCGGCGCAGAGCCCAGCCUCUGGGAGGAAACUGACGCCUGGAUCAGAACCAAGACGGAACUCAGAGCCGUCCCAUCACCCAGAAGACUUUCCCGGCACCUCGUCCUGCUCUGCACGGCCUGAGCACCAGCCGGCGGGAAGUGAGCCGCUGAGAAGCCGUCCAGGCCUGCCUGGCAGAGGCCCUGGGAGCCCCUGGACACAUCUGGGGUCCGAGCUCCAAGGUGGCCGCCGCUGCUGUCCUGCGGGUCUCGGGGAGGACGUGGCGGGGCGGGCGGGCCCGGUGCCCUGAUGUGCUUCACCCCUCCACACGCCAGACACCCGGAACUGUCUCUAGCGAGGUAGCACCAGCGUGGGUUUAUUUAUUGAAGAUGUGGUAUGUGUUCUAGACGUUUCAGAAACAUAAAUGGCAUUUUGUUAUUUAUUAAGACAAACUGUCCUCUGGCCAUUUGUUUUCCCACUUGUCGCCAGCAAAAUACUCAUCUGUUCUUUGAAAUAAAGUGGUUUUUUAAAACAACG